UCGUCGAGGCGAUAGUCGACGACCAACGACACCGGUCUUCACGGUACGGUGCCGCAUAAGACCGCCCGAGUUGUGCCGCUGGUAUUCCGGGAUACCACGCUGGUUCAGAACCAGCCUGCCAGUGGAAGUCAAUCGUGAACAUCUGUUAAGUACGUAUUUCAUUAGAAAAAUUGGUGCCCGCCGCGGGAUUCGAGCACAGGUGCAUCGCUGCAUACGAAUGCACCGGACGCCUUAUCCUUUAGGCCACGACGACUUCAAUCUACUUGCAAAUAUGGAAGCAUUUCUCUACCUGACAAACAAAUAUUAUCUCGAACUAAUUCUUUCAAUUAAUAUAUAACGGUAUUCAAAGGUAAAGAUACAGUCAAGUCAAACUAUCGCUAAUGAUAGUCAUUUAAAAAAAUUUAAUGUAUCAUUAAAUAUGUACUAACAUUUUCUCAAAAUACACUUUAAUUUUGCAAAUGGAUGGGCGACUCUUUUAUUCCAUUUAUUUUCUUCCGUUUCUAUUAUAAUAUCACUUUUUAAUAAACAUGUUUUACCAAUCCUUUUCAUAAUUGAGUUACGAUAAAAUUACACCGUCCUCACAUUAUAUUGGGUAUUAAAAUCUUGUAACAGCAGUGGGAGAUUAUGCUAUCCCGCAUAACGCGUGGUCACUAAAUGAUUUUUCAUGUUCCCUAUGAAGAAGCAGAGCAAAUAUCCACAACUGAAUUCCCAUAUAAGCCAGUAGCGGUCUUCGUUUUCUCAUUCAGUCUUAAACAAGCAUUGAGAAUACAUAGUCUUCUAAAAACCGGAUUGCAAUAACAUUCAAUAUGUCCGUAUUGAAUACUUUUUUAGUCAUAGUGGCUUUAAUCUUAUGUUACGUAAAUGAUUUCCCUGUUACUGGGCAUGAAGUUCAACUACCUCCAGGCCAGGAAUGUCAAAUGACCGCAGUCAUUCAUGUUUUAAAACACCGAGGAUGUAAACCUAAAGCAAUUCCGUCGUUUGCUUGCAUUGGAAAAUGCACAAGCUACGUUCAGGUAUCGGGUAGUAAAAUAUGGCAAAUGGAGCGUACCUGCAACUGCUGUCAAGAAUCAGGAGAAAGAGAAGCUACAGUUGUCUUGUUUUGUCCGGAUGCUCAAAAUGAAGAAAAGCGAUUCAGAAAGGUUUCAACGAAAGCUCCGCUUCAAUGCAUGUGUCGUCCUUGCGGAAGUAUAGAAGAGAGUUCCAUUAUUCCUCAGGAAGUUGCUGGAUACUCCGAAGAAGGACCGCUGUAUAACCAUUUCAGGAAGUCUCUUUAAACGCUCUUUUAUUUUUAGAAUAAUAUUUAUUUUGAAAAAUGUUCUGAAAGUGGAUUGUGAUAUUAUGUUGUAAAUAAAAUUGAAGAUAAAUAAAGCUCUUGACCAAAAUAAUGUAUAA